AUGGAAGACGACGACGAAAUCCAGUCACAUCCAUCGCCGGCUUCUAAUGGGAGAAUUACGGUGACUGUGGCGGCUGCGCCCCCGAUGACGCCCCAGAAUACUCUGACGCUUGCUCUACCGAUACAGCAGCAGAAGGUUGGGGGAACUGGUGGAGGAAGAGAGGAUUGUUGGAGCGAAGGCGCCACGGCGGUGUUAAUUGAAGCCUGGGGGGAGAGGUACCUUGACCUGAGCCGUGGGAAUCUGAAGCAAAAACACUGGAAAGAUGUGGCGGACAUUGUGGGCAGCCGAGAGGAUUAUAUGAAGACUCCGAAAACCGAUGUUCAGUGCAAGAACCGGAUCGAUACAGUGAAGAAGAAGUACAAGACGGAGAAGGCUAAGAUCGCGGCAGGCGGUGGGCCGAGUAAGUGGCGGUUUUAUGAGAAGAUGGAUGAAUUGAUCGGCCCGACGGCGAAGAUGAGCUCCGGGAGUGGAGGUGGGUCGGCCGGGAAUGCAAACGUGCAAUCGGGAAGCCAAAGGGUGCCUAUGGGGAUCCCUGUUGGGACUAGAUCCGGCUCGGUUUCUCAGUUCCGGCAACAGGAGAGAUUUCAGGUUCAGCAACAGCCAAAGCCGCAAUUUCGGAAAAGGCCUCCGGUGGACUCGGAUGAGGAGUCCGAGCCGGAGCCUUCUGCCGAUUCAUCAGAUGGUUUACCUCCAGAAAGUUAUAAGCGGCCAGUGGUCAAGAGGGAAAUGAAUCAAAUGAUGAUGGUGAAUGCUAGUGCACCAAGGUCUGAAAUGAUGAACAGAAAAAUGAAUGAAGAAACUGCUGUUGUGAAUACCACCAAUGACAAGAAUAGCAAUGAGACGAAUUGGGGCAAUUCUGUUAGGGAGUUGACGCGGGCAAUCUUGAAAUUUGGGGAGUCGUAUGAACAAGCAGAGAAUUCGAAAAUGCAGCAGUUGGUAGAGAUGGAAAAGCAGAGGAUGAAAUUUAUGAAGGAGAUGGAGUUGCAGAGGAUGCAGUUCUUUAUGAAAACACAAUUGGAGCUUUCACAAUUGAAGAAUAAAAGGAGGAAUGGAAACAACAAUAAUCAUCAUACCACCAAUAACACUGAUAGCAGUAAUUAA